AGAAGCUCUGGGGGGAUCUCUUCUCAGAUUACCCACAAUGCUCAGAGGGUCAGAGGGAGGAGGAGGUGGAGGUGGAUGGUGAGAAGGAGGAGCAGAGGAGGCGCGCCAUAGAGGGAGUGGUGGAAAUCACAAAGCUCUGCCUGAUGGAGAUGAACCAGGAGGGAUUGGCCGACAAACUGUUGAGAGGAUCUGCUGCUGUCGAGUGCCAACAUAAAAUCAAGUCUCAAUUGAAGAAGAAGCUCUGGUGUGUGUUUCAGGGAAUUGCUGAAGCAGGACGUUCAACACCUCUGACUGAGUUCUACAUAGAGAUCUUCAUCACAGAGAGAGGCAGUGGAGAGGUCAACAAGGAACAUGAGGUCAGACAGAUAGAAACAGCUUCCAGGAAACGAGCCAAGGAAGAAACGGCAAUCAGAUGUGAAGACAUCUUUAAACCCUUACCUGGACAAGAUAAACCAAUCAGGACAAUUAUGACAACUGGAGUGGCCGGCAUUGGUAAAACCAUCUUAACACACAAGUUCACUCUGGACUGGGCUGAAGGCAAGGCCAACCGUGACAUACACUUCACAUUUCUCUUCAAUUUCAGGGAGCUGAAUUUACUGAAAAAUAAAGAGUUUAGCUUGGUGGGACUUGUUCAUCACUUCUUUAUUGAGACCAAAGAAGCAGGAAUCUGCAGAUACGACCGGUUCAACGUUGUCUUCAUCUUGGAUGGUCUGGAUGAGUGUCGACUUCCUCUGGACUUCCAGAACAACCCGAUCUGUAAUGAUGUCACAGAGUCAACCACGGUCGACGUUCUGCUGACAAACCUCAUCAGGGGCAACCUGCUUCCCUCCGCUCGCAUCUGGAUAACCACACGCCCUGCGGCAGCAGAUCAGAUCCCUGCUAAGUGUGUUGACAUGGUGACAGAGGUGAGGGGGUUCACUGACCCACAGAAGGAGGAGUACUUUAAGAAGAGAUUCAAAGACGAGACGCUGGCCAACACAAUCAUCUCCCAUGUCAAGAAAUCACGAAGCCUCCACAUCAUGUGUCACAUCCCAGUCUUCUGUUGGAUCACUGCUACAGUUCUGGAGGACUUCUUCGAAACAUCCCAGAUAGGAGAAGAAACGCCCAAGACCGUGACUCAGAUUUACAGCUACUUCCUAAGGGUUCAGUCCAUACAGGGGGACAGGAAGUAUCGUUCGAUAGCUGAAACAGAUCCACACUGGAGUUCACAGAGCAGGCACAUCAUUGUUUUACUGGGAAAACUGGCUUUUAACCAGCUGGAGAGUGGCAACCUGAUCUUCUACGAGGAAGACCUGGCAGAGUGUAAAAAAAAUUUCAACGAAGCCUCAGUGUACUCAGGACUGUGCACCCAGAUCUUUAAAGCAGAGUGUGGGCUGUACAGAGGUGACAAGGUGUUCUGCUUUGUCCAUCUGAGCAUCCAGGUGUUUCUGGCUGCCCUUUAUGUCUUCUGGUCCUUCAUCCACGAUGGGGUCAAUCUGCUCACAGAAGAACAACCCACCUCCAGGAAAGAUAAACUCCUCCUCCUCUACCAGAGUGCUGUGGACAAGGCCUUAGAGAGUGAGAACGGACACCUGGACUUGUUCCUCCGCUUCCUCCUUGGCCUCUCUCUGAAGACCAAUCAGAUUAUCCUACGAGAUCUCCUGGGACAAACAAAAAGUAGAUCACUGGUCACUAAGAUUAAACAAGGUCUGCAGGGACAGACAAGAUGUAGCUCACAGACCAACAAGGAAACCGUGUCUUACAUCAAGAAGAAGAUAGGUGGAGAUCUCUCUCCAGAGAGAAGCAUCAAUCUGUUCCACUGUCUGAAUGAGCUGAACGACCGUUCUCUAGUGGAGGAGAUCCAACAGUCCCUGACAUCAGGAAGUCUCUCCACAGGAUAUCUCUCCCCUGCUCAGUGGUCAGCUCUGGUCUUCAUCCUACUGACAUCAGAUGAGGAGCUGGACGUGUUUGACCUAAAGAAAUACUCUGCUUCAGAGGAGGGUCUUCUGAGGCUGCUGCCAGUGGUCAAAGCCUCCAAAAGAUCUCUGUUGAAUAGCUGUGAUCUGUCAGAGAGAUGCUGUGAAGCUCUGGCCUCAGUUCUCAGCUCCAACUCCUCUAGUCUGAGAGAGCUUGACCUGAGUACCAAUGAUCUGAAGGAUUCAGGAGUGAAGCUGCUCUCUGCUGGACUGGGGAGUCCACACUGUACACUGGAAACUCUCAGGUUGUCUGGCUGCCUGGUCACACAGGAAGGCUGUGCUUCUCUGGCCUCAGCUCUGAGCUCCAACCCCUCCCAUCUGAGAGAGCUGGACCUGAAGCUGGACAUGUUUGACCUGAAGAAAUACAAAGCUUCAGAGGAGGGUCUUCUGGGGCUGCUGCCAGUGGUCAAAGCCUCCAAAACAUCUCUGCUGGAUGGCUGUGAUCUGUCAGAGAGAUGCUGUGAAGCUCUGGCCUCAGUUCUCAGCUCCAAGUCCUCUAGUCUGAGAGAGCUCGACCUGAGUACCAAUGAUCUGCAGGAUUCAGGAGUGAAGCUGCUCUCUGCUGGACUGGGGAGUCCACACUGUACACUGGAAACUCUCAGGUUGAAUGGCUGUCAUCUGUCAGAGAGAUGCUGUGAAGCUCUGGCCUCAGUUCUCAGCUCCAACUCCUCUAGUCUGAGAGAGCUCGACCUGAGUACCAAUGAUCUGCAGGAUUCAGGAGUGAAGCUGCUCUCUGCUGGACUGGGGAGUCCACACUGUACACUGGAAACUCUCAGGUUGUCUGGCUGCCUGGUCACACAGGAAGGCUGUGCUUCUCUGGCCUCAGCUCUGAGCUCCAACCCCUCCCAUCUGAGAGAGCUGGACCUGAGCUACAAUCACCCAGGAGACCCUGGAGCUGCGCUGCUCUCUGCUGGACUGGAGGAUCCACGCUGGAGACUGGACACUCUCAGUGUGGAGCACGGUGGAGUCUGGAGGCUGAAACCAGCUCUAAAGAAGUAUGCCUGUGAACUCACACUGGACCCAAACACGGCCUUCAGACGACUCUCUCUGUCUGAGGACAACAGAAAGGUGACGCGGGUUGGAGAGGACCAGUCGUAUCCGGAUCACCCAGAGAGAUUUGACUUCUGUUACCAGUUGUUGGGUAGAGAGGCUCUGACUGGCCGCUGUUACUGGGAAGUAGAGUGGAAAGGAAAUGUUGAGAUAGGAGUGACAUACAGAGGAAUCACAAGGAGAGGAGGGGGUGUUGACAGCAGGCUUGGGUUGAACAACAAGGCCUGGAUUCUUGUUUGUGAUGAUGAUCAUUACUCUUCCCGGUACAACGGUAGACUAACAGUCCUCCGUCUCCCCCCCGCUGGCUCCACCAGAGUAGGAGUGUAUCUGGACCGGCCUGCUGGCUCUCUGUCCUUCUACAGAGUGUCCCCAGGUGGAGGAGGGUCCUCAGACACACUGACACACGUCAACACCUUCCAGGCAUCCUUCACCCAGGAGGACCUCCUCCCUGGGUUUGAGGUGUAUGGGGAGGGUGACUCAGUGUCUCUGUGUCGGUUGUAAAAAAACGAACGGGGGGAUGGGCGGUUACACACAUUGCCUUAUCGUUAGAGGAUGAGAGGCUUUUGAUGAAGAGGCUUUGGAGGCCUGAGAGGACUGAUGACUCAGUGUCUGUGUGGCAGUUAUAGUCUCUCGCUCUCUCUCUUUUUCUCACUCUGUCUCUCUCUCU